AAAAAACGAAGGCAUUGGUUGUGGGUUGGUGUUGUUGUGUUGCCUCUGGUGCGAAAUCCUGGGCUCUCUCUCUCUCUCUCUCUCUCUCUCUCUCUUCACAUUCUUUCGAUCUGCAAAUUCUCGCCUGGAUCUAGAUCGGGAGAUCCUAGAUCUUGUGGGUUUUGCAUUUUUGUUCCUGAUAUUUAGUGUUAAAAGGUUUUGUGAUCAGUGAUCUGUGGUCGGUUUUUGUUUAUGUUGAUCUUCGAUCUCGGGUUUUUGUGACGGUGCGAGCUCGAGUUUUCAGGUUUUGUAUUUGAAGAAUUGUGAAAUUUGGGGAGGUUGAAGAGGGGUGAUGUUUGGAGAGCUUUAAGAGGACGUGGUGUUGAAUUGUGUAUAUUUGGGUGGGACGCGGUAUUGAAUCGCGAGGGUUGGGGUUUGCUAGAUGGCUUCGCGUCCUCCAUUGCAGGUGGAGGAUCAGACGGACGAGGAUUUCUUUGACAAAUUGGUGGAUGAUGAUUUUGCAGGCACGGAAUCGGGCCCUGGGCUUCCCGAGGGUGAUGAUUCUGACGAGGCAAAAGCGUUUGCGAAUCUAAGCAUAGGUGAGGUUGGCACCGACUUAGAUGAUUCGAGCAGUGGCGAAUCUAAAGCGAGAGAAAUUCAUGGGGGUGCGGCAUUAGUGGAUUCUCAUGCGGAAGGCAGCGAUUCAUUGGUUAAAUCUAAUUCAUUUGGUCUUGAUGGUGUGACCGAAUCUAACAAUGAUUCCACAGAAUUUGGGGGUAGGUCGGACUCCACUGUGAAUGAUGGCAUUGGAUCUGCCGCGUCAGGUAUUAAGGAGGUGCAAUGGAGCUCUUUUAAUGCAGAUCCUGCACAGAAUGGUAAUGAUGGAUUUGGAUCAUACUCGGAUUUCUUCAGUGAUUUGGGAGAAAAUUCCCGAGAAUUUCCUGGUAAAGUGGAAGAAAAUUUGAGCGGGGAAACAAAGGUUGUAUCUGGUAAUGAAGAACUAAAAAGUGAUGGUUUUGCAAAUUCAUUUAAUUGUGAGCAAUAUCAAGAAGUUCAAGGUUAUGCACCAAGUGCAGAUCAAAAUGCGGACAUACAGGAUCUAAACAGUAGCCAGUACUGGGAAAAUCUGUAUCCAGGAUGGAAGUUUGACCCAAAUACUGGGCAAUGGUAUCAGGUGGAUGGUUAUGAUGCAACAGCAAAUGUGCAAGGGGGUUUAAGUUUUGAUGCCAAUUCAGCUGGUGAUUGGGCAGGUUCUGAUAGGAAAUCAGAAGUUUCAUAUUUGCAGCAAACAACUCAGUCUAAUGUGGAAACUGUGACUGAAGGUAUCACAACUGGGAGUGUUUCCAGCUGGAAUCAGGUGUCACAAGGGAGUAAUGAGUAUCCAGACCAUAUGGUUUUUGAUCCCCAGUACCCUGAUUGGUAUUUUGACACAAUUGCCCAAGAGUGGCGCACAUUGGAAACUUAUACUUCAUCUAUACUAUCAAUGGCUCAACCUCAGGUUCAACAUAAUCAAAAUGGGUUUGCUUCAGCUGGUACUUAUUCUCAAAACCAGGAUCAUGGAACAUAUAGUGAAUAUGGACAAGCUAAUAGUAGCUAUCAGUUACAAGGGCCUAGUAACAGAGGUCAAGAUGGCAAUUGGACUGGAGCUUACAGUAAUUACAAUCAGCAGAGUUCGAGUACCUGGCAACCUGAAACUGUUGCUGAGAGCCAGGCUGCUUCAAAUUUUAGUGGAAAUCAGCAAUUGGACAAUCUGUAUAGCUCAACUGUUUCCACAAAUAACCAUGUGGAUCAACCAAAGUCUUUUAGUUCAAUGGGAACAGUUCCACUGCAUGAGAAAGCAAGCAGGAGGCAUGACGAUAUUAAUGGGACUGUUGGAUUACAAAGCUUUAUCCCUGGUGGGAACUUCAAUCAACAGUAUAAUAAGCCAAAAAUGGAGCAGAAUGAACAAAUUCAUUUCUCAAAUGAUUACUAUGCCAGUCAAAACACUGUAAAUUUUUCCCAGCAACCAUUACAAAGUAACCAUGAUUUCUCUUGUGCUUCAAGUGCUAGAAGAUCAUCUGCGGGGCGUCCUCCUCAUGCUUUGGUUACUUUUGGAUUCGGUGGAAAACUCAUUGUCCUGAAAGAUAAUAGUUUGCUUGGGAGCUCGUCAUAUGGAAGCCAGGAUCCUAUGGGACGUUCUAUCUCAGUUCUUAAUUUGAUGGAAAUUGUAACCGAAAAAAUUGAUGCUCCUGGUGUUCGAUUGGGUGCUUGCAAUUACUUCCAUGCUUUAUGCCAGCAGUCCUUUCCUGGCCCAUUGGUUGGUGCUAGUGUUGGAAAUAAAGAGGUGAAUAAAUGGAUUGAUGAAAGGAUUGCAAAUUGUGACUCUCCUGGUAUGGAUUAUAGAAAAGGUGAAGUUUUGAGGUUGCUUCUCUCUUUGCUCAAAAUUGCUUGUCAGCAUUAUGGAAAACUUCGAUCUCCUUUCGGCACAGACACUGCUUCAAGGGAAAGUGAUAUUCCAGAAUCUGCAGUUGCGAAACUUUUUGCUUCUGCCAAGAGGCAUGGUGAAAAAUUCAAUGCAUAUGGUGCCAUAACCCACUGCUUACAGAAUUUGCCUUCGGAAGGACAGAUUCGGGCUACUGCUGCUGAGGUACAGAGUCUUCUUAUUUCUGGUAGAACCAAGGAGGCUCUGCACUGUGCACAAGAAGGUCAGUUGUGGGGACCUGCUCUUGUUCUUGCUGCACAGCUUGGUGAUCAGUUUUAUGUUGAUUCCGUGAAGCAAAUGGCACUUCGCCAGCUGUUAGCAGGAUCACCUUUGAGAACAUUAUGCCUGCUAAUUGCUGGGCAACCGGCUGAUGUGUUUUUGACAGACACCACGGCCAAUAAUGGUUUCCCUGGUGAAGUAAAUAUGCCUCAACAAUCCGGACAGCUUGGUGCUAAUGUUAUGCUAGAUGACUGGGAAGAGAAUUUGGCUGUAAUAACUGCAAAUAGAACAAAGGAUGACGAACUUGUAAUUAUUCAUCUUGGAGAUUGUUUAUGGAAAGAAAGAAGUGAAAUUACAGCUGCACACAUCUGCUACUUAGUUGCUGAAGCAAACUUUGAGCUGUAUUCAGACAGCGCAAGAUUGUGUCUUAUUGGUGCAGAUCACUGGAAAUCUCCCCGAACAUUUGCUAGUCCAGAGGCAAUUCAGAGGACAGAGUUGUAUGAAUACUCCAAAGUGCUUGGAAAUUCCCAGUUUAUCCUGCUCCCAUUUCAGCCAUAUAAGCUUAUAUAUGCACACAUGCUAGCUGAGGUGGGAAAAGUUUCUGAAGCAUUAAAGUACUGUCAGGCAGUAUUAAAGUCUCUGAAAACUGGACGAGCACCGGAAGUAGACACGUGGAAACAAUUAGUAUCAUCACUCGAGGAGAGGAUAAAAAGUCACCAACAGGGUGGGUUCACCACAAACUUGGCUCCAGCUAAAUUAGUUGGUAAAUUGCUCAAUUUAUUUGAUAGUACUGCACAUCGUGUUGUUGGGGGCCUACCUCCCCCUGUGCCUUCAGCAUCACAAAGUAGUGUCCAAGAUAAUGAAAAUUAUCACCAAUUGACUGGCCCAAGAGUAUCAACUAGUCAAUCUACAAUGGCCAUGUCAUCUUUGAUGCCUUCAGCAUCCAUGGAGCCCAUAAGUGAGUGGACAGCAGAUGGUCACAGAAAGGCAAUGCAUAAUAGAAGUGUUUCAGAGCCAGACUUUGGUAGAACUCCUAGACAGAUUGAUGCAUCAAAAGAAGAAGCUGCAUCCAAUGUGCAUGGCAAAGCUUCAGGCUCAGGGGGGUCCUCCCGUUUUGUUCGUUUUGGUUUUGGUUCACAGUUUUUGCAAAAAACUGUGGGCCUAGUCUUAAAGCGAUCAGACCGUCAGGCUAAAUUGGGUGAGAAGAACAAAUUUUAUUAUGAUGAAAACCUCAAGAGAUGGGUAGAGGAAGGUGCUGAACCACCAGCUGAAGAAACAGCUCCGCCACCUCCACCAAUGACUACAGCUUUCCAAAAUGGAAUGUCAGAUUAUAACUUGAAAAAUGCUUUAAAAAAUGAAGGCUCUCCCACUAAUAGGAGCCGAGAAUCUAAAACCUCGACCUCUCCAGAAUUUAAUUCAGGGAUUCCACCUAUACCGCCCAGCUCAAACCAAUUUUCAUCUCGUGGACGCAUGGGUGUUCGAUCAAGGUAUGUUGACACUUUCAACAAGGGUAGUGGAAGUGGAGCUUCAGCAAACCUAUUCCAGUCACCGUCCAUACCAUCUGUUAAAUCUGCUGGUGGUGUCAAUCCUAAGUUCUUCAUUCCUGCACCAACAUCAUCAGGUGAACAAACAUUAGAUACUGUUGCAGAAAAUUUGCAAGAAUCUGCUGCAGCUGAUGAAAAUCCCUCAACAUCCGGUAUGAAUGACUCAUUUCAGUCUCCAACAUCAUCCAUGUCAAUGCAAAGGUUUUCAAGCAUGAAUAAUAUCCCGAAUCAGGGGGUUUUGGCAAAUGGCAAUGGCUCAAUUUCCUCUCAUUCACGACGAACAGCGUCAUGGAGUGGAAGCUUUAAUGAUGCAUUUAGUCCUCCCAAAACGGCUGAAACAAAACCAUUAGGGGAGGCACUUGGCAUGCCACCAUCAACAUUUAUGCCUAGUGACCAACCUUUAAUGCAGUUGCAAAUGAAUGGUGGCAGUUUAGGGGAUGACCUUCAUGAAGUGGAACUGUGAGCCUGAGUAGUGGGGAUGUAAAUAUCAAGUUUUGCUUUGCCUUGUGAUCAUACUUGAAAUAGACUGGUAAGCAGUGGAUCUUGGUUCUGGAGAAGAAACGAAAUGUCACUAUGAGACCCUCCCCCAGUUCCAUAUCUCCUGUGCUGUAUAAUGAAAUGCAGUUGAUCUAGUUAACUGUUUACCCCUAUACACAGAUUUUGUUUGAAAUUUUCAGGAAAUGCAACCUUUGGAUACUUGAGGAGCUGGUAUUCUUUGGACAAUACAAAAGUGCGCAUGGGCGCCAUUGUACAGUUUAUUUGUUCAUUUAUUGAAAACAGAAAUGUUGGGAGAGAGAGAGAGAGAGAGAGAGAGAGAGAGAGAGAGAGGAGCCUAAAACAAGAAAGGGUAAAGAUAAUGUACUGAAUUGCAAAAAAUAAGAUGCUCUGUUUGUCCUUUAUAUUCUUA